AUGGUGUUGAUCAUGAACGCGCAGAAUCCCAGCAAGAACAAACCGACGAGGAAAGCUGUGCAGCCAUCGCGAGGUAGUUACAGUAAGCUGGCUUAUUGUUUUUUGGGCGCGUGCAUGGUCGGGGCUAUGGUCCUAAAUAUGUCCCACCUGCGGAACGUGCAGGAAUCCUCGCAUCCUCAAUCCGCACUACCACGACGAAACGCUAAAGUGGUUCUGAGGAGAGAGUCCGUAAAGAAAACUGUCGCUUCCUUGAAAAAGGUUGUGGCUCCUCAGAGUCCGGCCCUGUCCGAUAGGAAACCGUCGCAAUCGUUUAUUCCCAUUGCACCUCGACCAACGGAUCCUGCCAAAAAUCUCCUCCAGGCUGGGGACUACAUUUACUACCAGGACCCCGCUAUACCUCGUUGGGAUGCGGCACCGAUUGUGGUUGAAAGCCAUAAGUUGCUUUUUUUCACCACGCCCAAAGUCGGAUGCACGGUUUGGAAACAGCUUUUCCGUCGUAUGAUGGGCGCAAAAGACUGGAAAAGUCAGGACGCACAAUCGCUCCUUCCACAUAAUCCGGAAGUCAACGGUCUCAAAUACCUUUACGACUACCCCUUGGAAGAAGCCGACCGCAUGAUGACCUCGCCUAAAUGGACUCGGGCAGUCAUGGUUCGUGAUCCCAAGCAGCGAUUUCUGUCGGCCUUCUUGGACAAGGCCGUCAGCAACCGCCACCAACACAUUCAGCACCGCUGUUGCCCGGACCAGGCGUGCAUAGCAGACGCCCAGACAUUAGCAGGGUUUCUCCGGCUGUGUGAGCGUUGCGACGAUGAGCAUUGGCGAGCGCAGAAUGCCCGCCUUGAUUCCAAAUUUUGGCCAUAUAUGGACUUUGUUGGCCACGUAGAAAACUCGGCGGCCGACGCGCAGGCAUUGCUGACUCGCGUUGGCGCUUGGGACGAAUUUGGCGCCUCGGGGUGGGGAACCGACGGCACCAGUGCAAUUUUUCAGUCCAAAGGAUCCGGCGGUGCGGGUACACACGCAACCUGGUCUCAAUGGAAGGUGUGGCAAUGGUAUACCCCGGAAAUCGAGCAACAAGUGGAGGAUUUCUUCCGUGCCGAUUUCGAAAAUCCUUUGUUCAAUUUUACUCGAGGUGAAUGUUUGACCUGUCUCUCCGAUGAAGAUAAAGCCAAACUUGCGGCUGAACAAAAGAAGUAGAAAACGGUUUAGGGCGUA